GAGACCGGCGCCACCCAGACCUCCAACCCUCCCUAUUUUUCCGGGCUUGGGACCGGCACCGGUCCAUCGGCGAGUCAACCUGUUUGGCCCGUAAAGCCGCAAUUUCGGAUUUACAUUGCGAGGCUACAGGCCAACCCACCUCCGGGCCGAGUGGCUAGAACACCGCCCCCAUCUUGUCAAUGUACAGUCGCAGGACGAUGUGGUAAGAUUUACCUCAAAAUAACCGAGAGGCCUCAGAAUCCCCCAAUUAUCACUCUACUCUGA